AAAAAAAAAAAAAAGAAGUGGCCUUGUCCUCAAGGAGUAAGCGUUUGAACUGAUAAAGCCACAUAAUGGAAGUGAAUUUUAAUUUAAGCCUCCAUUUUCUAGAUAAUUUCUCAGGCCUUUAGUUUGUGACUUUAGAGAUUCUUAGUUUUCCUGAGUUGUUUAGAACUUGCUGAAGAACCUUUCUCAGCUGAGCCUAUUAUAUUGAUGACCCUGGGUUUUGUUAUUUUUGUUUGUUUUUAGUCCCAAAGGUGCUGUUAAAACAAAAUUGUUCUCUUAAAAUAUUUAAGACAUUUUUAUUUUAGAUAUGACUGAGUCUCUGAUAUGCUAAUAAUAUUGACCUACAAUUUUUGUUGUGAACAAGCCUUUGCAGUGAGGCCUGUAGAUGAUUCACUGUGAGAGUAAUUGGGAAUUCAUUCUGCCCCAAUUGGUAUAGCCUCUAUUUCAUUGUGUUCUUUAAAAACAAACAACAACAACAAAAACUGUCACUACUGAGCUAGAAAUUAAGAACAUAAAUCCAAGUUUCCUUUCAAAACACUUUUACCAAGUUUAGAUUGGCAAGAACCCCAUUUUAUAAUAAUUCACUCAACUUUUUAUUUCAUCUUCCAGUAAAUCAUUAUGAAGUAACAUCAUUUAUUACAGAUAAAUUAGGAUUACUCUUCCUAAAAAGUUAUCUUCAGAGACAUCUGCAAAUUAAAUUGUAAUUUUCAAAUCCCUGUCAGAUGUAAAACGCUUUGCCUGAGGCUGAGAUUCAGAGGAAUUUAGUGAUUGACAAUGGCAGAAAAAAUCUUAGAGAACUUAGAUGUCCUUGAUAAGCAAGCAGAGAGAAUCUUGGCCAGAAGAACAAAGAUAAACAGGCUUCAGAGUGAAGGAAGAAAAACAACUAUGGCUCUACCCCUGACAUUUGAUUUUCAGUUGGAAUUUGAAGAGGCUAUUGCUACAUCUGCAUCUAAGGCAAUAUCAAAGAUCAAAGAAGACAAGUCAUGCAGCAUUACAAAAUCAAAAAUGCGUGCGUCUUUCAAAUGUGAGCCUGAACCUAGAAAGAGUAAUUUUGAAAAGUCAAAUUUAAGACCAUUCUUUGUUCAAACAAAUAUAAAAAAUAAAGAAAGUGAGUCAACAGAGCCAGUAGAAGAACAUCUAAAAUCAAGAUCUAUUAGACCCUAUCUUUAUCUUAAGGAUACAACUGAGAUGGAAAAUGCAAAGCCUCUGAAUGUUCUACAUCCACAGCAUAGACAAGCAUGUAGAAGAUCCCUGGGUUCUACAGACUUUUCUCCUAUGUUCAACAUUCAGUCUAAUGCUCAUAAAAAGGAAAAAGACUCUACUUUAUUUACAGGUCAAAUUGAAAAAAAACCUAGAAAACCAUUGGAUUCUGUUGGUCACUUAGAAGGUGAUAGAAAUAAAAGAAAAAAAUCUCCACAGAUGAAUGAUUUUAAUAUAAAAGAAAACAAAUCUGUCAGAAAUUAUCAAUUAAGUAAGUAUCAUUCAGUAAGAAAGAAAAGCUUGCUCCCGUUGUGCUUUGAGGAUGAAUUGAAAAAUCCACAUGCCAAGAUAAUCAGCGUUAGUCCAACAAAGACAGUAACUUCUCACAUGGAACAAAAGGACACAAAUCCCAUAAUUUUCCAUGACUCAGAAUAUGUACGAAUGUUACUUUUGACAAAAAAUAGAUUUUCUUCUCAUCCAUUGAAAAAUGAAAACAAUUACCCACAUAAAAGAACAAAUUUUGUUUUAGAAAGAAAUUGUGAAAUCCUCAAAUCUAUAAUUGGUGAUCAAUCUAUUUCUCUUUUCAAACCCCAAAAAACAAUGCCUACAGCACAGAGAAAAGAUAUACAGAUCCCCAUGUCUUUUAAAGUAGGCCACACAACUGUCUAUGAUAAACCAAAGAGGAAAACUAAUAAGCAGACACCAGAAAACAGAUCUUGGAAUACACUCUAUAAUUUCUCACAGCACUUUUCUAGCCUAACAGAACAAUUUGUGGGUUACCUUGAUAAAGCUGUUAUUCAUGAAAUUAGUGCCCAAACUGGAAAAUUUGAAAGAAUGUUUUCUAUAGAAAAACCAACGAGCAUACCCACAUCCAGUGCCUCACCUGUCAAAUGUUAUUCAAAGCCUUUUAAAUAUAUAUAUAAACUAAAUAAUGUAACACCACUGGAUAAUUUAUUAGACUCGUCAAGUGAAAUUUUAAAUGCCUCAUAAAAUAUCAUGUAUGCAACAAUAUUGGAGCAACAAGAAGCAAAUAUCCAAGUUCCAAAAUUAUAAAAGAAAUUCUUAUCCAAAUAGUAAUGUUCGAAUUGAUCAUAUAAGAAAGCAAAGCAUAGACAUUGGAAUUACAAGUCAGCAGUCAUCUGUUCAAGAACAAUCAACAUUUGUAGUAAAUAAUAGGACAAAAUUAGGAAAUAAUUAUCACCAAGAGGAUCUAGUUCAUGACUUUCUAUUAUCUCAAUUAGAUUGCUCAAUCAUCAGCCUUUCUAUACUAAACUCUGAUUCAGGACCAAGAACAGUAUAGUCUGACUCUGGAAAUGCGCUGUUGGAAGCCAAAUAACAUCAAUACUCUUUUUCUAUAAUUGAAUAUCAAAUAAGACAAAUUAUCAUUAAUUUAAUGAACGUGGAGUUAAUUGUAUAUCAGCAUUUCAGCAAAUCAUCAUCAAUAGUAUUACAUUAACAAUUUGUGCAAUUAAAAAGGCUUUGUAAAACUUUGAAUAGUUUUUUAUUAUUGUUAGUAGAUGUUGGAACUUCAUUAUUAUAUAAUGUUUUUGCAAACUUUAACUUUUUUCUGAAUUGUUAAAUAAAAGAAUAACUAUCCUUAA